GCGAGAGAGAGAGAGAGAGAGAGAUAAGCGCGGGUGUUGUCAUCGGGUAGUUGCGAUCAGCAGGAGUAGCAUCAGGAUCGCGGAUCGCGGAAGAGGGUGCAGCAGGAGAGAGAGAUUUUUCCCCACCGCUUGGAAAAACCAACCCCCACCAAGCGGCCGGCACGGCCAGGCGGCGGUGGCGGCGGCGUGGAAGAGAGGCACGGAGGGGGGUAGGUUACCCAGGGUGGUCUCGGUGGUGGCUGGGGGCGGCAGCCUCAAAAAUACACCGCAACCACACCGCGCGGCUCCACCGCAGAAGCCGCCAUCUUCCACCGCCGAACCGAAACGAGACCGCGCGAGUUAAACACCCUAUCCUACUUCCCCGUGGAAGUUGCCGCUGCCGCCCGCCAAAGCAGCAGCCGCGAAGAAACAUCCACUGUCGUUUGGUCCGGAACUGGACGACUGUCAGUGAACAGAACCGAAAGAAAUUAGUGCUUUCGUCGUCGCGCGCGUGUCUUCGCCGAAUAUCGCUCAACAUCGAUGGGACAACCGACAACCGGUUGAGUAACGCGACAUCCGGUCACGGGGGACCAGUUGUCGUCGACCUGGACCAGCUUUGGGCCAAUCGCGGUGACGUUGAUUCCGGAACGUUACGUGUCUGGUGGUUGGAUCUGUCAUCGGUGAUUCCGUCAGUUCCUACGAGCUAACCGAUUAUGAUUUAGUGGUGUUCAACCGGACUGUCGUCCCCGAGGAUAAUAAUGUGCGUAGUUUGUGCUGUCGCUGGAGGGUACGACGAGGAUUCCCUAUGCGGGGUUAACACCUGUUAGAGGGUCGCUUCGAAGUGUCGAUGUGAUGUUAAUGGAGAGCUACUUCGAUUGGCGAGGGGACGUCGGGGUGAGAUUUUAGAACGGUGCACCGCGGGAAUUGUUGUUUGCCGCGUGCGGGAUUUCGAAAUCCGUGUCUGGUGAUCGCUGACAUCCGUCGUAUCGAAGCGGAGUGGGGCGGCCGAUCAAAGAAACGAAAGAAACGAGGGGAGAACGUCGAUUCCAAUAAAACGAAUUUUCCCCGCGACUUGGCAAUCGAGACGAAGAAUUUGCAAACGGAUACUCUUACCUCGGCUCCGUCGCGGGAUAAUGAAAUAAGGAUCAAAGGAUCCUGGGCCGCGUGGAGCCAACCGGACGUGGAACCAAACGGAGACCCCGGACCACUUUAUUCAUCAUGAUCGUCAUCGAUCUGUUAUGGAAUCAGAACUGAUCCGCGCUUGGACCUUGUCGUCCCACUAUCGCUUUAUUGGUUAAAUCAAGAUGUACCGUGAGAUAGGAAGCUUGUCCAAUUUGGAAUUUAUCCUUCGCGAAAGUGUCGCAUGAGCUCUCUAGCUCGGAGCCUGGACACUGCUGCGAUAGUGUUCGCUCGGGUUUGGUUCGAACAACAGAGUCGCUCUAUCGGGAUAAGAGAACUUAUUGGUUAGAUGAAGAUAUGGUACGAGAUAGAAAGCCUGUCUUUUUCUAAACACCCAUCGCGAAAGUGUCGCAUGAGCCCUAUUUUAGAUCAGGGACAUUUUUCCGAUAGUUUUCACUCGGUACAAACAACGAAAUCACCUAGUACAGAUACUAUUCGUUAGACGAGGGUUCAUCGAAUAGAAAGCCUGAUCAGUUUGAAACUCAUCCAUAACGCUAUUGCCGUAUGAGGACCAGUUUACUGUUUGGAUCUAAUCUCAACCCAAGCCGGCCUCAUAGUGUUUAGUCGGGUUUGGCGCGAGGAUCGUAGUCACUCGCGAGGACAAACAACUCGGUUGACUAAACACAAGUGCAUCGUAAAAUAAAGAACCUGUUCGUUUUUAAAGCCGUCUAUCGCAAAAGCGUCGUAUGAGAAUUUGUCUAGAGUCUGGGCACCGGUCUGAUAGUGCUCGAUCGAGUUCGGUGUAAGGGGUGAAGAAGAUUGAGUCGAAUCCUUCGCAAGAAUUCGUCAGCGAGGAGAAUAUUCCACGAAAAGAGUCCGAUGAUCCAGGUCUCAUGACGAAUCCUUUACGAGAUGCGCGCCCCGAGGAGCGGCCUCCAGGCUUAGACUAUCCAGAUCCGAGAUUGGUUCGGAACGGCCAUCAGAUUCAUCAAGGGAACUCGGUGCAUCAGAUCGGUGGGACGAGAAUCAGAAGAACUAGGACUUCGUCCUUGAGGAGAAGAAUGCACCUGGCCAACGAGGUCCCUCCACAAGGUUCGGCUGGCGCGAAUAAUUUGUCGGACUACGCUCUCACCGCGGACCUGCUCGCUGAGAGGACUUUGGACGGACUGUUCGCCGAACAUCCUGGGGAACUCAUCAGAACAGGCUCCCCGCACGUGGUCUGCACGGUGUUACCAGCACAUUGGCGGUCGAACAAGACUCUUCCAGUGGCGUUCAAGGUGGUUGCACUGGGCGAUGUUGGUGACGGGACCCUGGUGACGGUACGAGCUGGCAACGACGAGAAUUGCUGCGCGGAAUUGCGGAAUUCUACCGCGGUGAUGAAGAACCAAGUCGCGAAAUUCAACGACCUCAGGUUCGUCGGGAGAAGCGGUAGAGGGAAGAGCUUCACCUUGACGAUCAUGCUGCAGACGUCGCCGCCUCAGGUAGCCACUCUGUCCAAAGCGAUCAAGGUCACCGUCGAUGGACCCAGGGAACCCAGGUCCAAGACAAGACACCAGGCCUUUCAUCCGUACCACUUCGGGCCCAGGCCGUUCCCUUUCGUGCACCCGCAGGAUCCGCUGGGAUUCAAACUGUCCGGUUUGCAACACCUGAGUCUGGAGCAGGGAGCAGGCCAGGGAUGGGGUGGCUUACCUCGAGGGUCUUUGCCGUCGCACUGUCUUCCACCACCUCCUGGUCACCACUCGCACACGCAUCCUCCGACAGCUGGUGCGUCGGCCUUCAAUCCCUUCCACCACAGCAUCGAGCAGAGAUCACCUAGAUUACCUGGACCUAAUAAUGAGUCGUCCAGGAACGAUUUGGGUCCGAUCAGCGUCUCCGUGAGGGAGGUGACGCCGACGUCGUCACCUGGAAAUCCUGGGCCAGGGUUGCUUACGACGGCCGCUGUGGCGGCGCCCACACCGCCGGCAGAGUCGACGACGAUCACAACGACGACAACGACCCCCAGCCCGUCCGGACAUCAUUCUCACUUCCAAGGUCUUCAACUUCUGGGAGCCACAGGGUCCAUCUUCGGAUCGAUAUUCGCCCCGCUGCUGCCGCAGUCUUCCUGGCUCUACAAUCCUCUCUACCAUACGCAGCAGUACAUCCUGGAGCCCGAGUGGCACGCUCUGGCACUCAGGAUGGCCCAGCAGCGAUUGCAGAGGCCCGAUCAGGCCAGGUUGGAAGAAUUGAGGAAGCUUCGAAGCAGCAGCAACAGCCCCGAAACUGGCGUGAAAGAAGAAAAACAGCGGGACGACGAUCAGGACGUUCUAGGUAGAUCCGGCUUGGACAGUCCUGACGGAAGCAUAGAAGUCGACGACAGGAACGAAUGCGAUCAGAACAGGGAUCGCGUGAGAAGCGACGAGUCUCUACCCGAGCAAGACUCCCCGAGGAUUUCACCGGUCAGAAGCGACGCGGACGACGCCGACGCCACGUUCCAGGACGCCACUGUUCAUCUCAGGCCUAGCAUGGAGAACUCCAACGAUCAAGAAGCGUCCGGCGACGAGCAGAUCCCUCGUCGGGGAGACAUCGCGGUGAAGAUCCGUUUGGAAGGCACCGUGGAUCUCAGCACGAAGAAGGGACAGGACAAGGAAAACGUAGGGCAGGACCUGACCACCAGGAAGAAGGAUGAUGAUACCGACGUUGAGAGGGAUGAAGUCAGGCCCAGAAGAGAGAGAACCCCUAAACCCAGGCACGUUUGGAGACCUUACUAGAGAUUCGCAUGAAAUUCUCGACUCGAAGGAUUUCUGGCUGCAGAGGUCCUCGAGCGUCCUGUAAAUUCGCUGGGAUCUCCAUCGACGUAGAUCGUCUCGGUUAUCGUUAGCGUUUGUGCGUCGCGUUCCGGCCUAGUUUCUGACGAGGGAAUCUGUAAUCGUUCCGACUGAAUGUACACGAUCCUGAAUCAGGGUUCAGCCGCGAAAAGCUUAGCGCCUGGUGAACCGGCCAGGAACUAUCAAGGACUCGAGGACUAACCAGGGUUUACGUUCGUAUAAUAUGUAAAUAUAACCGGCGUCCAAUUAUUACCUAGGUUACCGUUACGUGUUAAGCACUACCCAUUGUCAUUUCGAGUGAGACUAAUCGAUCUUAACGACCCUCGCCACACCGAGACCGAUGAUCGUAAAGAAUCAGUUCGCCGUGGCUCUACACUGUAGAGUCUACAGAGUUCUGUACAGAGAACUGUUCGACGCGAGAGACAAGCUAGACCGGCUGUCGAUCGGCUGUUGAUUCAAAAAAGUUUAACCAUCCGUGCGUGUCGGGGGUCGUUCGAAGCUUCUUCGUCAAGAAUGGGGUACACUCGUGCCGUUGUAAAUAUAACAGUCCCGAUGAUUCCGAGUCCAGAUUGCGUCACAUCCCUGUACGCUGCUCCUUCUUUUUUUACGAGGAACAUUAAUCGGCCGUGACAGAGCAGAUCGACGAGCGUUAGCAUGACUGGGCUCGAGACCGAAAUCUUUCACUGUUUAAUAAGUACGUCAUCAAAUAAACGUAAUAUCAUCCGUUCCACGAAUACCACACCUUCUUACGCAGCGUUGUCUUCGACGAAUCCCGGAAACCUGGACCCAAUCAUCGACCAGUAAGUACAUACUAUACGCUGUUAUAUUAAGCACUUAGACUGUUUGUUUCCCUGAAAUCUUCGGGAUUCAUUUCUAGCGAGAUAGCAGUCGUUGGUGACGAGAAACCUGGCUCGCUCGAGCGACCUAACUUAUUGGUAUUAAUAUUAACCCUUUCGACGCUGGGGCACUUGGCACGUGUCGCGUGCAGAGUUCUUACAGUCGUUUUUAUUAAGCGUGUUCGACGAAUGACCAUAUUCGUUCAACGCAUUCACUACAUCGAUCGUCUAGUAAUUAUCCACAGUGCCAUAGGAACAAUACAUUAUGCGACAAAAUUAAAGAUUUGCAAGUUACUGAUCUUAAAAAGUGUGCUAUCUGAAAGAAAAUGGCCGUGUAACGAUAUCGAGAAAUGCAUUUUGAAGCUUACAGUCUUAAAUUGUAUGUCCUAUCGAGCGAUUAACAUGGAGGUGGUUUUUCUUAUGAAUGUUACUACCGGGAUCCACCAUGUCAAAUUUUUGGAAACUUUUAUACUUUUAUGGAAUUUAUCAAAUUUUCUCUUAAACGUUUAUCAACGUAACGUUAACCUAUGGAAUUUAACUUUGAUUUUGGUCGUUUCUGGACGAAACUACGAUAUUCGUCAUAGAGUUAUCGGGAAUGAAAGCAAACCUUGAAUUCGGGUCUUUUGAUACCAAAUCGGAUCUGUGAUAUUGUCACCAGGCUUAUCUAAGGUGUACCACGAAAAGGUUGGAUGAUCGUAGUUGCAUUCCGCGAAUAAUGUGUUUUGGAUUAGUGUGAGAUGCGAGCAAAAGGAAGGAGUAUGCGUGGAAUUUGUAUAGCGAGGAAAUUCACCCAUCACUAGAAAGUGCUACAAAAUAUUAAUGUUAAUUGCACAUUUUCAAAAUUGCAUAUGUACUCUACGUAAAUUUCGGACUUACUCCUCGCCUUCUCCACAUAUUUCACACUUGUUCUACACUUUAUUAACGCAUAUCGCACACAUCCUAUUCUAAUUUCAGACAUUCUUCACUUAUUCUACGCUCAUUCCCGACUUUCUUUACACGUUCCACCCUUACUCCAUACGUGCCACACACAUUUCACAUACAUCCCACGUACAUUUAACAAUGACUUUAUAUUUUAUACAUUACACACCUCUGCAAUUAUUCCGAACAUUUUCGAUAUACUCCAAACAUAUUUUAUAGAUUAUAGAUAGAUUCUGCAUUCAUUCUACACGUGUUCUAACCUUUUUCUAUAUACUUCACGGAUAACGAAAGUAUGCUUACUGCACACUUCCUCUUCGCGAUCCACUCUUAUUAUAGACGCGUUUUCAUGAUUCGCACUAAACGUUUACACAUGCCACGCUUAUUCUGCAUUACACUUUUUUGACAGAUUUUUUCCACAAAUUCCACUCAAAUCGCUCUCGCAUGCUACGCGCAUUCCACCCUCUUUUCACACAUUCCACGUUUAUGUAACGUCGAUGAAAUGGAUAAAAUUUUGGACAAUACAAUACGAUAUACAGGCUUUGCUUCGAAUGCUUUUCAUCGAUUUGGUAACCAUCGGUUUAGGAGUGAAGCCACUUCUUAAAAAACCAUAGCUAGGUUAAUCGUUCGAAGGGGGUUGAUUUUAAAGUAAUCCUGUACUUUUAUUACAAAGUAAAGAGAUUUCCGAAAGGACUUUAGGAUUUUGUUUUUUAAUCAAACACAAGUAUCAUAGAAUAAAUUCGAUUUUUUAACUUGAUUUAAAUGGUAUUGCAAUUAAACGUAAAUGACGAUGUCCUUUAGCGUACAACACGAUUACUCUGACAAGUGAAUUUUGUUAUCGAAUGAAAAAGGUACCAAAAACAAAAAGCUCCUUUAUGGAAAGCAUCGAGAAAUUGUUAAGAUUGAUUACGUAUUUGCAAAAGAUAAUCGUAAGCUUUUACAGAAAUAUUUACCGCGUCUCGUGAUGGAAAAUCGUCCCUGGGAAGUCGCGGCAGCGCGUGCGAACUAACCCAACCUAAUCCGCGCAGACGAGAUGCAGCAGAUUCAAUAAUUCGCCGCGAUUGCAAUCGAGCGGGAUGCACCGCACGCAAAAACGGGCAGGCCCGAUAUCCGGUCGGUGAAAAGGUCCGCGUGAUUGAUGGGACACACAAAGCAUACACCAACCACCCUCUCUCUCUCCCUUUCGUGCUUUUUCUCCCUCUCUCCAGCUCUCGUCCCAUCCGCUUGUUCUCCUGUCACAGUGUCAGCCGUCACGUCUCUGAAAUCGAGAUAAAAAGACCGCAAAACAAUUUUCUACAUUAUUUUGCGAUGCGCGGCCGAUCAAAUGAGCAAUAAUGCCGGCGCACCGCCUCUCCAUGAAUCUUUCAAGCGACGCAUUCAACCGUGGUCCGUAUGCAUCGGUGCGUUCACCGAUGAAAAUGUGUUCCGUCGACGGCGCUAAUUACGAUUGGCCAAUAUUCCCGCUACAAAUCGUUGAUAAGAAAAGUAAAAAUCUGGUCGUGCGGACGGGAGAAUAGUAAACAACAGGGGUGGAUCUACCGUGAUGCUGACGAAGCUAAGAAGAGACCACAAACAACUCUUUAUUUUAUUAUUUAUUUAUUUAUCGUAAUUACUUUCAAGAAGCAUUGACGGACGUUCUUUUUAGUUUUUUAGACAUGGUGUGGGACAUAUAAAUAAGUGUCUAAUUUCUUUCUUAUAAGUGUUUUAUAUUUAAUAAGUGCAAACGAAGGAGGAAGAAUUUUUUUGUUGGAUUGUUUUCCCACGUAAAUAUCGACGAAAGGUAAUUAAACAUGACAUUGGAACUUUUUAAUUAUUUGAUUUCUACCGAACCCUCCGAAAAAUGCAUUCCGAGUAUGUAAAUAAAUUGGAAUGAGAAAAUGAU